GACGUCACCAAUUCCCAGUAAAUUUAAAUAUAGACUGAAAACUACCGAAUCGACUGACGGCAUAUUAUCAAUCAAGCACAGGUAACCUAGAUCUAUACAUGUUGUAAACACCAUGGAAGGCACACGUACCAAGGGUGAAUAUACAAAGGUAGAGACAGAGCUGGAGGUAAAGGUGGAAAGUCCCACCCCUUCCUCCACCGAGAAAUACGCCCCGCCAACACCGAAGUGGCUUAUGUUUGGAGUUGUUUUGUCUGUAGCUUUAAUAUUACUUCAGAUAAUAUCUGUAGUUCUCACAGUCGACUCAAUCAACAACCUGCAGAAUUCUGCCAGAUCACAUUCUACACCAGUCUACAACGGGUAUCAGCAGAAGGCCAUACUAUCCAAGAUCCCCUGCAACCGGUCGGCACUUUGUUCUGUGGUAGAGGAUGACACCUAUACAAAGCUAUUCACAAUUUUCAGUGGUAUCAAACGUCAAUCCCUCGUCAGGAGAACCAAUAAGGGAAUGCUUCCAUAUCAGACCUGGCCGAAUUGUAAGCAGUUCACACUAUCGCUAUCAAAUUGUUCGAGAAAUGAAUUAAGUUGGACUGUUGAUGCAUAUGGACGCCGAGAAGUUAGGAAUGGUACCGCAACGAUCAAGGAAAAUUCUACGUAUGGAGUGCAUAGCAUAUUUACUUUUGAGAACCCGCAUGACAAUACAAAAAAUAUUUCUGAAAUCAUACAUAAGAUACAUAUUGAAAGAGGUUCACAUAAUGGUUCCGAAGUAGUGUUUGAAAGGAGUGUUGUUUUCGAAUCAGAAACAGACAUUUUUAAAACGAGUACAAUUUUUGACUUUGUAUAUCUAUACGCUGGUGAUAGGGUGUAUCCAUCAGUUUCGGACACUUCAUUUCUAUACAACAUGUCACAGGCCAACGUAUGGGGUAUUUUUCCCGUGAUAUAAACCAGCUAAUUGCUGAUUUAGGUGAUUGUUUAAAACAAGGAAGUAUGCCGUUAUCAGUAGAUUGUUUUCAAACUUCCCUACAUUUGCGUUAAAUCCAUGUAAUGUGAAUGUCAGGUUUAUUACAUAUGUCGAAGCACCAAAACAUGAUAGAUCACAUAAUUUCAGAAACGCGGCCAUGAAAUUAGCCUUAGAAACAUCCUCAAAUUAUUAUUGUUCAUCUGUAAAUAACAGAGUUGUUAAUCACUUAUAUUUCGCGUUGGUUUUGUUUUCGAUUUAUACGCGAGGAGAGUCAAUCGCGAAUUCAAAUCCUUCGAGAUCCUUUGUAUGAAACUAAUACCGACGGAUGGCAUUGUAGGAGUCUUGGAGAAUCAGUUACUCUAAUAGCUCAUCAUUCACGAAUUUAAAGUCAUUUCUAGUUCAGCGUUUGCGAAAUCAUGCUUAAGUAAAUAUGUCUGAAGAGGUAAGUUCGCGAAAUGAAAUAUGCGCGAAGUCUAUGUAACUUAUAUUUAAAUUACAUUUUUGGAAAUGGAAGUGGAAACAGUUGGACGAACAGACCGAUUGAAACGACUAUUUCAUUGCACUAUAUGUCACUCACAUUGCUUCGCGGAGUCAUAGUAAUCGUUUUAUUACUCGCAAGAAUGUACAAUUUAAUCAUGGUUUUAUUCAUUUCCAUGAUCUAAUAAACGUUGAAUCAUAUAUGGUGCAGCCGUUAUAACUUCUGAGUAAAAACUUUUUAUAUGCACACAACAUCUUUGCAAAUUUUGUAUUAUUCGAUUCGAUAUAUUCAUUCUUAAACAUAAAUGGACCUAACCGCAUAUAUUACUUACAAAGAACAGCAACAUUCUGGGUCAAAACUGGAUCAAAGCACCACUGACGAGGCAUGGUUUGCCGAAAUAUGAUUAACAAAAACGAAUUAUAUUUCAGUAUAUUUCUGAUUAGUUGGAACUGUUCAAAAAGAUACAUGUAUGUUAGGCGUUUAGGCCUGUUUCGAUUCACUUGGUUAUUGCUGUUUAAUUCCAAUGAGUGUGUAAAUACCUUACAAUAAAAGUAAAAAUGAUUUAUCAAUAAUGCUACCAAUCUUCUAUCAUAAAUUUUGUAAUGUUAAAUUUCGGUGAGUUUUUUUUAUUGCCGGUAUAACCCAUCAUGUACUAUAACUCAUUAUUCAUAGGUCACCAGUAUAACCCAUCAUGUUCUAUAAAUAAUUAUUCAUAGGUGACCGGUAUAUCCCAUCAUGUUCUAUAACUCAUUAUUCAUAUGUGACCGGUAUAACCCAUCAUGUACUAUAACUCAUUAUUCAUAGGUGGCCGGUAUAAACCAUCAUGUACUAUAACUCAUUAUUCAUAUGUGACCGGUAUAACCUAUCAUGUACUAUAACUUCAACAGUGUACAUACUAAAGAUGUAAAUAAAAAUGCUGAUUAUGAGGAAAACGAAA